AUGUCUGCCUUCAACCCAGUAUGCACUCUUGCUAAUGGCCAACCUAGCCCAAGUCCAGGCUCGGUCCAUCAGAUUCGUUAUGGAAAUACCAAUGGUGGUCUGGUUACAUUAGCCGAUACCCAAACCAUUGAAGUCCUUGCCCAUUUCGCACGCGAGCGCAUUCCAGAACGGAGUGUACAUGCCAAGGCCGCCGGUGCCUUUGGCGAAUUUGAAGUCCUUGAAGAUGUAUCUGACUUGACUGACGCGAAAUUUCUCACGGGAAUCGGGAAGAAGACACCCAUUCUGUCUCGUAUAUCGACAGUUGGUGGUGAAAAAGGGUCCAGUGACACCGUUCGAGAUGUUCGAGGUUGGGCGACAAAGUUUUACACAGAGGAGGGUAUCCAGGACUUUGUCUUCAAUGACCUGCCCGUCUUUUUUAUUCGGGAUCCCAUCAAGUUUCCAUCCAUGAACCGGAGUCAUAAAAGACAUCCGCAGACAAAUGUGCCAGAUAAUACCAUGUUUUGGGACUUUCACAAGAACAAUCCGGAAGGAAUCCACGCUCUUAUGCACUUGUUUGGACAGCGCGGCAUUCCGGCUUCUCUGAAAAACAUCAAUGGCUACGGUGUUCAUACUUAUACCUUGAAUAAGUCGGACGGAAGUUAUGUCUACGUCAAGUGGCACUUUAAGCCAAAUGAUGGCAUCAGAACCAUGGACUCGGAUACUGCAGCUCGUUUGGCCGGAACAGAGCCUGACUAUCACGUCAAGGAUCUCUUCAAUUCUAUUGAAAGCGGAAACUUCCCAAGCUGGACAGUGUACGUGCAGGUUAUCAAGCCAGAGGAGGUGAAAUCUGCACCAAUUGACAUAUUCGAUUGCACGUACACUUGGCCAUAUGAGAAGUAUCCGCUUCGUCGCAUCGGACAAUUUAGUCUUAACAAAAAUCCAAACAACUAUUUCCAGGACAUUGAGCAAGCCUGCUUCUCGCCGUCAAACAUGGUUCCAGGAAUUGGACCAUCUGCAGACCCAGUUUUGCAGGCGAGAAUGUUUAGUUAUCCGGAUGCACAUCGAUAUCGCGUUGGACCAAAUUACUUCCAACUGCCGCCAAAUCGGCCAAUUAACAAGGUGUACGCACCGUAUGUCCGAGACGGCCCUGGGACCAUGAAUGGAAACUACGGAGCUGAUCCCGACUAUGUCUUUUCGGAACUUCGUCCGGUGGCUCAAGGCAAUCGAAUUCAGAUGCCGGUUCACGAGCUGUGGACAGGAAAUGUGACAUGCUUCUCCACAUCUCUUACUGACAAGGACUUUGAACAGCCUCGAAAGCUUUGGGAGAUUAUCUGCAAGGAGCCAAAUGGAAAGGAACAGCUCCUUCACAACAUCAUCCCCACACUUCGAGAUAUCCCGAGUAACUUGAAGAACGAAGUCCUAGACUAUUUCGGAAAGGUCGACCCUGGGCUGAAAAAAUGUCUUUCUGAUGGACUUGCUAAGUGA